GCUGACUGAAACCACUAUCAAACUUUCAACGCGCAUCUGUGUGUACACCCUAUGUGUUCUGCGUGCUUGUAGGGGCUUGUAGGGGCGGGAGACCGAAAAGGGGGACCUUGACGUCACGGUCGUUGCAGUGCUUUCCGUGAUGGGUGCGUCAUGUAUGUGUUUGAGCAAUUGGAGGCCCGAAGACAAGACAUUACAACAUGCAGCUAUUUUUCGACUUAAUUUUCCUUUCAAAACUUCAAAUUAAGCUAACUACUCACCUAAGACCUCUCAGUAUCAUGGCAUUAUAAAUUAAUUAUGUUCCGUAUGAAGCUGGUCUUAAACCGUUUACAUGUUCAAAUGAGAGGUUUUCUUUUAAGUAAUAUAUUUGUAAGCUAUUUUACCAGCAUUUUUGUGUUGGAGACGCAUUCGCUCUGAUGUAAUUAACUAGAGGAUUAAAGUGCAUAACUGGGACUUAUGUGCACAUACUACCCGUAUAGGCACAUCGCCAUCUAGUGACAUUAUUGAUAUCUGCAGUCUCAGCCGUGCCUAAGGUCUAAGAAAGGAACACCUGACAUGUCAUCUGAACUGUAAUAGUUACUUCGAGAAAAGAAGAAAGGAGAAGGAAGGUCCUCAUCAACAGUUGAGAGGGUAAGGAGAGGCAACCACCUCUUUCAAGAGAGAGAAGAAACGAAAGAGAGACCAACGGGUGAGGGACAGACAGGCUUACUGAAAGAGGGAGGGACAGAAACACCGUUGUGUUUCAUCUCAUCCUAGAUCCUACAGCAAAACCAAACUGCACGUUUUGAACAAGGCUAAGGAGACCUUUUGAAAAAGCUGUACAAAAAAAGUAGGCCUAUAUCCGUCAUUCCUAUGGGUCACUGCUCACUGCUCAGCAGACUGGCCUGAGCGUAACUGUGGGGAAUCUAUUGAAGGACCCCCCCACACACACACUCCUCUUUACAGUUAUCUAUGCUUGAGAACACAACGGGGCUUUGUGUCACUAGACCCUUAUGUAACGCAUGGCGCUGAUUUCCAAGGAUCAUCAAAACGACAUAAAGCCAUAGCCAAACUUGAUUGCACCACUUCCAACAUAACUCCUGACCAAGCUCCAUGACAGUAACGUUUACAGACGAAUUUCCUCAGUCUUGAGGUAGCCUCUCAAUUUGUAACUCCUGUGCGUGGAAAACUGCAUAUGUAUCGAAAUAAACUUGCGUGGGUAUGCCUGUCUUUGCCCCUGAUCCUGAGCCUUACAGUAUAUGGGGCAACGGACGAAUUGAUCAGCUUGGAAAAUGUUGCGGGGAAGCUCCUAUUUUAUCAGAAGGAAGGCAAUGCUACGUACCUGCGGGACAGUGGAGAGCUGGCCUCCGAGAUAACCACGGAGGCCAUGUUCGAACUGUUCGAUCCCAGGAAUACUUUACGGACUGCGCACUUCAGUUACACUUGGGACUUCGGCAACGGCGAGGUGAUAAAGGGCUUCGAACCGUUUGUGACAUACAACUAUAUGGCAUCAGGUAACUACACCCUGCGACUCAGAGUGGGGGCCAACGUCACCAAACACGCCACCAUACUGACCGGGGUUUAUAGUAUGGAUGUCACGGUGCUGGAUGCCAUCAAAAACAUUAAACUGACAGGGCCUACUACCUACCAGGUCUCUCAAAAUACCAGUCUGGCUGUUCAUGUGGAUGGAAGUCCCCCUAUGUGGGUGUGCUGGCGGAUCCUGCCCAACUGUGUGACGGACACAACGGUGGGGUGUCAGCUGACCAUGCUGUAUGAGAACACACUGAAGCUGAACCACACCUUCACUUCCACCGGCGUGCACUGCCUGGACAUCAGCGCACGCAACGAAGUCAGCUCGCUGCAGACCUCCUACAGCUUCUUCGUCAGGAGGGACCCCUUCAGUAACCUGUUCUUCAUCCUGCCCUGCGCAGCCAUCCUCAUGGCAACAUUCUGCUUCAUUGCAGUGGUUGCCUGUCGCCCUUGGCGUGGAAACAAGAUGAAGCCGAAGAUGGCUGCGUACUCCAGCAGGGACACCUUCCCUCAGAUGGAACUGCGAGAAGCCCCUGGGCCUUCCCCCCUCUAUUCCUCCAUCCAGCCCUCAUCUGCGGGGAGAGCAGAGAGGCAGCCCCUCAUCAUGCAGCACGGGACACGCCCCACUCUCUACCAGACCUCACCCCUGUCUCCCUCUGCUCUGUCCAAAUGAGUGUUAGAAAGGUCACACAACUUCACACUUAUCGGUUUCCGUCCCAGAGCUCCCAUUAUAACUAUUUUAAAUGUAUAUAAAAAAUAUUAUAUUAAAACUUAUAAGCGUUUUCUUUGAACUAUUCUAUGUAACAGGUUUUUCCGCUGAUGUGAACAUCAGGAAGUGUGAACAUCAAGAGUCCAAGGGUAAUGUUCUGUAUUGGGUCUCUACGGUGAUGAAUGAUGACUGUCAGUCGCUUGGUGGGGAGGGAUCUUAAUGGUGGACACCUGGGGGCUGCGGCAUAAACCAAUCACAGACCUUGGGGAGAGAAGAACACUGAUGUGUGUGCACUGUUAUGUGAUUAAUGAGAACGACCUUGAGGCCCACAGGCAUGAGUUGCCUAGAGCCUGCAGCGGCUUUGCAUCAGCACAAACUGAACUCGCUCAACAUUUUUUAAUUUGUACAUGUACAAUUGAGUGGACUUGGAUGUCAAUAAAUGAAUAGGAGAGCUUAUUACUCCCAAACUGU